CCCGCGAAUUUUCUUAAUUGUUUCCGAUAUUCGCCGUUUGUUUAAGUUUCGUUUAAGUAUAAACAAUAUCGAAUUAUUACUCCAUUUUGCUUGCAAACGAAAUCGGAGAUAAUCCUUUUGUGCAACCCUGUGUCUUUGCGGGACAGAACAAAAUUUGGAAAUCUCUACUAAAUGGUGAUGAGAUCAUUUACUAGUGAUGAAGACAAUUGUGAGAUUUCGAUAUUAGUGAAGUGAUAAUGUUACUCUCUCUCAUUUAAUGUCAAAAGGGCUGCCAAAUAACACCACGGGCGAUAGUAUAAAAUCACGAAGCAACCCCAAUAAUUGAAAAAUGUCCAGAUUUGCAGCGGCGGGUCUCGUAGCCUUCGACUCCUUCAAGACGAAAGCGUCACAGAAAUUAUCCGGUAGAUUCAGAAAAAAUACCGGCGGUUACGAAGAGUUCGAAGCUUCGUGCGAGAAUAGCAAAGACAACAAGGGAUUUGAGGAUGAAAGAGGAUACAGCACGCAGCCUUCAUUCGAGUCACUUCCGGAGCCAGAGAGACCACCAUUGCGGCAUAUCGAUACUUAUUGCAUGCCAGAAUGUCCAUGUCUUUCCAAGAGGUACACCAUUGCAACGCUAGCUUGUAUAGGAUUCAUUAUUUCGUUCGGUAUGAGAUGUAACAUGGGCAUGGCCAAGCUCGUCAUGAAAAACAGUACAGAAGGCGAAAAUAACACUGUCAAGUUCAACUGGACGGUCGGCAUGGAAAGCGCCCUUGAUUCGUCAUUCUUCUGGGGUUACCUCGUAACGCAAGUACCCGGUGGUUUCUUCGCGUCAUUAUACCCUGCUAACAAGAUAUUCGGCACAGCCAUCGCGAUAUCUUCCUUUUUGAAUUUGUUGGUACCCGGUGCGCUAAAGGUAGACCCUAUCGUUGACAUGGGUGUGCAAGUGUUGAAAGGACUGGUUGAGGGUGUUACGUAUCCAGCCUGUCAUGGUAUUUGGAAAUAUUGGGCACCGCCUCUAGAGAGAUCGCGUUUGGCCACAUUAGCAUUUUGUGGAUCGUACGCCGCAAUGGUGAUAGGUAUGCCGCUUUCUGGAUACCUGAGUUCCUGGUUUGGCUGGACGGCAUCGUUUUACUUCUACGGUGUCUGCGGUUUGAUUUGGUAUGGUUUCUGGUUGUGGUUGACCUUCGAAAAGCCGUCGAAACAUCCCUGUAUCUCAGCUCGCGAGUUACGUUACAUCGAGGAUUCGCUCGGACAAGGACAAGGACAAGAGCAAGCACCUGUGCCCACACUAGCGACGACUCCCUGGCGCAAGUUUCUCACUUCGAUGCCCGUAUACGCCAUCAUUGUCGCUAAUUUCUGUAGAUCGUGGAACUUUUAUCUUCUGGUACUCUUCCAACCACGUUUCAUGCACGAGUCUUUUGGCAUGCCGCUUGUCGAGACCGGAGUCAUUGGGUCGCUUCCACACUUGCUGAUGACGAUGAUUGUACCUUGCGGCGGUUUGCUGGCGGAUCACCUCCGUAAACGUGGUAUCAUGACAACGACAAAUGUGAGGAAGCUUUUCAACUGUGGUGGUUUCGGUAUGGAAGCGCUCUUUUUCCUAGUGGUGGCCCAUGCGACGACAUCCAAGAACGGAACCGCUGCUACGGUCGCUCUCGCGAUUGGUGUCGCGUGCAGUGGUUUCGCCAUCUCUGGUUUCAAUGUCAAUCAUCUGGACAUCGCACCAAGAUACGCCAGUAUCUUAAUGGGCAUGUCUAACGGGAUUGGCACCAUCGCUGGUCUGCUGGUUCCUUUCUUCGUGGAUAAUAUCACGGAAAAGAAGGACCCACACAGCUGGCGGAAUGUUUUCAUCAUAGCUGCAUGUGUACACAUUUUCGGAGUGACGUUCUAUGGCAUUUUCUGCUCCGGUGAGUUGCAACCUUGGGCCGAUCCCACUUUGGAAGAACAAAAGAGCUGGAAUCCCAUGGAUGAAUUUGGCCAGACCAAACCGCCCGUUCCACCUCCGCCGAGAACUAUGCAAUCCGAAUUCAUAAAACAACCGUCCCGGGACGGAACUGUCACUGACGACUGGAAUACUUACGAGCAGUCACCAGCUGAAAAUCAUCUGUACGCCCGACAGGACAGUAAAGGCCCCGUGAUAAACUACGGCUCGACAGAGACCAACAGGAACAAUCCAUUUCACUCAACAAAUCCAUUCGCCACGGACGUUAACGCGUCUUUCGUACAACCACCGGCAACGGAUGACUACACGCAUGACAUCGUGCAGAAUCAGCAGUGAAACUGAAAAUGGUCGAUCACUGGAUAGAAUAAUUGGAUACGAGAAAAGCAGACUGCUUUCCCGAGGUUGUAGAUCAUUCGUAUCGUUACUAUCGUUAGCUGUCAAUCCCAUGCUAUCCCGGCUCUUCAGACAUGCCGCAUCUUCAUUAAUAAAACUCGCGGAAUUGAGACUAGUAAAGAUCAAAUUUGAGCUGCGCAAAUAAUUUUAUUCCUCUUGAAAGGAUAAAAUCAUUAAAAUUAUUUAUUUUUCUCUUUAAAGAAAAUUUAAU